UCCUGCCGGAAAGCAGCACUCCGCCGCGGCAUUUUACGACGCCAGUGGUGACAGUACCUAGGGACAUCUGGUUUCUUUCCCAGCACCCGGCGAAAACCAACGCAAUGUUCGGUGCGGGGGACGAGGACGACACCGACUUCCUCUCGCCCAGCGGCGGUGCCAGAUUGGCCUCUCUUUUUGGACUGGAUCAGACACCUACUGGCCAUGGAAAUGAAUUCUUCCAGUACACAGCUCCAAAGCAACCUAAGAAAGGCCAAGGAACAGCAGCAACAGGAAAUCAGGCAACACCAAAAACAGCACCAGCCACCACGGGCACUUCUACAGUACUGGUUGCAACAGCAGUCCAUGCAUAUCGAUACAUAAAUGGUCAAUAUGUAAAGCAGGGCAAAUUUGGUGCUGCAGUCCUGGGGAACCACACAGCCAGAGAGUAUAGGAUUCUUCUUUAUAUCAGCCAGCAACAGCCAGUUACUGUUGCUAGGAUUCAUCUGAACUUUGAGUUAAUGGUUCGGCCCAAUAACUAUAGCACCUUUUAUGAUGACCAGAGACAAAACUGGUCCAUCAUGUUUGAAUCAGAAAAGGCUGCAGUGGAGUUCAAUAAACAGGUGUGCAUUGCCAAGUGCAACAGCACUUCUUCCCUGGAUGCAGUGCUCUCACAGGACCUCAUUGUGGCAGAGGGCCCUGCUGUAGAAGUUGGAGAUUCUUUGGAAGUGGCUUAUACCAGCUGGCUCUUUCAGAAUCAUGUGCUGGGCCAGGUUUUCGACUCCACUGCUAACAAAGAUAAGCUGCUUCGCCUGAAAUUAGGUUCAGGAAAAGUCAUCAAGAGCUGGGAGGAUGGAAUGCUGGGCAUGAAAAAAGGAGGGAAGCGGUUGCUUGUCAUCCCUCCAGCCUGUGCUGCUGGCUCUGAAGGGGUAAUAGGCUGGACUCAAUCAACGGACUCAAUCCUGGUGUUCGAGGUGGAGGUUAGACGGGUGAAGUUUGCCCGAGAUUCUGGCUCUGAUGGGCACAGUGUUAGUUCCCAGGAUUCUGCAGCCCCUUCUCCCAUACCUGGUGGUGACGGCCUCUCUGCUGAUCCUUUUAUAUCACCAAGUACAUCGGUGCCUUUCAAAUCAGGGGAGCCAGCUCUUCAUACCAAAUCUAACUCCCUCAGUGAACAGCUUACAAUAAAUACAAGUCCUGAUACAGUCAAGGCCAAGUUGAUAUCUCGGAUGGCUAAAAUGGGCCAGCCCAUGCUGCCCAUCCUUCCACCACAGCUGGAUUCCAAUGAUUCAGAAGUCCAAGAUAUGAAUGCUCUGCGAGGAUCCGGGCAGCCUAUGGGGACUGUGUCCACCCAGCCCUCUCUUCAGCCAGUGCAUCCAGUGUUACCACAGAUGACCUCACAGGCACCUCAGCUGCCUGUUUCUGGGCUCCAACCACCCUCUGCUGCCUUAAUGCAAGUUGCGUCUCUCGAUUCCCACUCUCUUGUGUCUGGAAAUGCUCAGUCCUUUCAGCCCUAUGCAGGUAUGCAAACCUACGCUUACCCACAGGCAUCCGCCGUCACCUCCCAGCUGCAGCCUGUGCGGCCCUUGUACCCAGCACCACUCUCCCAGCCUCCCCAUUUUCAAGGAUCAGGUGACAUGGCUUCAUUUCUCAUGACUGAAGCCCGGCAACAUAACACUGAAAUUCGAAUGGCAGUCAGCAAAGUGGCUGAUAAAAUGGAUCAUCUCAUGACUAAGGUUGAGGAGUUACAGAAACAUAGUGCUGGCAAUUCCAUGGUUAUUCCUAGCAUGUCAGUUACAAUGGAAACAAGCAUGAUUAUGAGCAACAUCCAGCGAAUCAUUCAGGAAAAUGAAAGAUUGAAGCAGGAGGUCCUUGAAAAGAGCAGUCGGAUAGAAGAACAGAAUGACAAGAUUAGUGAACUAAUUGAACGAAAUCAGAGGUAUGUCGAACAGAGUAACCUGAUAAUGGAGAAGAGGAACAAUUCACUCCAGACAGCCACAGAAAACACACAGGCAAGAGUAUUGCAUGCUGAACAAGAGAAGGCCAAGGUGACAGAAGAGUUAGCAGCAGCUACUGCACAGGUCUCUCAUCUGCAGCUGAAAAUUACUGCUCACCAAAAGAAGGAAACAGAGCUACAGAUGCAGCUGACAGAAAACUUGAAGGAGACAGAUCUUCUCAGGGGCCAACUCACCAAACUGCAGGCAAAGCUCUCAGAGCUCCAAGAUACCUCUGAGCAAGUGCAGUCCAAAUUCAAAAGUGAAAAGCAGAGCCGGAGACAGCUGGAACUCAAGGUGACAUCCCUGGAGGAGGAACUGACUGACCUUCGCACUGAGAAGGAGUCCCUGGAAAAGAACCUCUCAGAAAGGAAAAAGAAAUCAGCUCAAGAGCGUUGCCAGGCAGAGGAGGAGAUAGAUGAAAUUCGCAAGUCACACCAGGAGGAAUUAGACAAACUUCGACAGCUCUUGAAAAAGGCUCGGGUGUCCACAGACCAAGCAGCUGCAGAGCAGCUAUCUCUCGUGCAGGCUGAGCUACAGACCCAGUGGGAAGCAAAAUGUGAACAUCUGUUGGCCUCCGCCAAGGAUGAGCACCUGCAGCAGUACCGGGAGGUGUGUGCACAGAGAGAUGCCAACCAGCAGAAGCUGAUACAACUCCAGGAAAAGUGUUUAGCCCUCCAGGCCCAAGUCACAUCUCUCACAGAGCAAAAUAAACAGCACAUCAAAGAAUUGGAGAAGAACAAGUCCCAGAUGUCCGGAGUUGAAGCUGCUGCUACUGACCCCUCAGAGAAGGUCAAAAAGAUCAUGAACCAAGUGUUCCAGUCCUUGCGGGGAGAGUUUGAGUUGGAGGAAUCUUACAGUGGCAGGACCAUUCUGGGAACCAUCAUGAAUACAAUCAAGAUGGUGACUCUUCAGCUGUUAAAUCAGCAGGAGCAAGAGAAGGGAGAGAGCAGCAGUGAAGAAGAAGAAGAGGAAGAAGAAGAAAAAGAAAAAGAAGAGCGACCUCAGAGACCAUCCCAGGAGCAGAGUGUCUCAGCCAAUUUUGGGCUGUCUCAAGCACCCCUGAGUAGGGAGAGGCAGGAGUCUCCCCUGGUACCGGGGCAGGUUGUCGAGGAAACCAUUCCAUUGCCUCCUCAGGUCCUUCCCACUCCCCAGGAUGAUGUACAGAGAAGGAAAGGGGAGCCCUCAGAAGCAAAGGCACACUCAGAGAUAAAAGAUGGUUCCCUCCCACCUGAACUGGCUUUCAUCCCAUCCCACAGAGUCUUGGAGCCCCCGACUUCAAUUCCACCUAAGCCUCCGGGCCCUGUAACUAUGGACUCUGAGUGUGAGGAGACACUUGCUGCCAGCCCAGUGGCAGCUGAGCCCAACAACCCAUUAGAAAAGGUAUGUGUCAGAGAAGUAGCCCCAGAUGGCCCACUGUCAGAAAGCUCCAUGAGACUGUCGUUAACUUCAGACCCUGAGAAGGGGGACCCACUCACCUUAGGGCCUGAAAGCCCAGGAGGAGAGCCUCAGCCUCCAGAGCUCAAUAAAGACAAGGAUGUCACUAGCACCACUGGUUCCUCCGAGGAGCUGUUAAGCCCAGAGGCAGGCUCUACAGCUGCAGGAGCAGCCCUCAAACCCAACCAUCCUUCUCAGCGUUCCAGUCUCUCUGGGGAUGAAGAAGAUGAACUGUUUAAAGGGGCAACUCUGAAAGUUCCAAGGUCCAAAGCACAGCCUGAGGAGGACGAAGACGAGGUGAGCAUGAAGGGACGCCCGCCCCCAACACCCCUUUUUGGAGAUGAUGAUGAUGACGGUGACAUUGACUGGCUGGGAUGAAGACCCAGGAGACUGGUGCACAGGCUUCUCCACCAACCCUUCCCCAAGCAUGAUUUUGCACAGCCAGCCCUGGGUCUAGGUGAGCCACAGGGCGAGGUCAAGGUGAGCAUCCUGAGGACAGUAGUUCAGGUGUCUGAGUUAGCCACUUUCUGAGGCCCCCACCUGACCUGGUGAAGAGGAGUGUGAGCCUGUCUUCAGAAAAGCUGGUGUUUUCAGCAGCCAGUUGAAGGAAGGGCUAGUAGGUUCCCCUGCAGCCAGUGACUUAUAGGAGUCCUAUCCUCUUUCAAGCUUUUUAUUCUCUUCAUUAACUCUCAGACUGACUUGGGAGUACUUCUCCAACUGCUUCCUAGGGCUCAACGGUGCCCCAGCGACAAGACCUGUUCCCUGGGCUGGGGUAUCCCUCAUAGAACCAAGGGUAGAUUAUACCAUCUAAAUCCUGGUGCGGUUAACAGCCUUGCCUGCAGUCUUGGGACGUGUCUUUUCUCUGCCUUAAAUCUGAUACAAGAGGUCAAUGAAUAUAUGAAACUAACAAAACUAAAAUAAAUGUCUGCAAUGAAACUUGA